AUGCCGGUCAAGGCGGUCUACCCAGACGUCGUCAUUCCAGACGAGGAUCUGUGGACAUACCAGUUUGAGCAAAAGUCAAAGCCCUUUGCCGAGGACAGAGAGAUCUACAUUGACCCAGACACUGGGCGCUCCUACACAUGGGCGCAGACCAAAGCGACAGCCCUCGAGUUCGGCCGGGGCCUGCGGGCUGCCUGGGGCUUCCAGAAGGGCGACGUACUUGGCUUCUUCUCCAACAACACGAUCGACUUUGCGCCAGCCUUCUUUGGCGUGCUGUGGUGCGGCGGCGCCGCAAUGACGGCAAACCCGGCCUACACGGCGACCGAGCUGGCGUUCCAGCUCAAAGACUCGGGUUCGCGAGGUAUCAUCACGCAGGCGGCCUUCCUGCCCAUAGCCACCGCCGCUGCCAAGGAGGCCGGCAUCCCCUUGGACCGCAUCAUCCUCAUGGGCGACGGCCGGGACCAGCAGUUCAAGCACUUCACCAGCAUCCGCGACACGGCCAACAAGAUCUCUCCCAGCUCACGCGCCAGGCUCGACCCCAAGAAGGACCUCGCGUUCCUCGUGUACAGCUCCGGCACGACAGGCCUGCCCAAGGGCGUCAUGCUCACGCACACAAACGUGGUCGCCAACCUCGUCCAGCUGCUCGACUUGGACGGCAAGUACAACGGCCUGCACCACACGGGCGAGCCCGACGGCAAGGGCGACAAGCAGCUCGCCAUUCUGCCAUUUUUCCACAUCUACGGCCUCACCUGCAUCGCGCUUCAAGGACUGAAGAUGGGUCUGCAGGUCGUCGUGAUGCCCAAGUUCGACCUCGAGCGCACGUGCCAGAUCAUCCAGAAGCACCAGAUCACGUACAUGUGCAUCCCGCCGCCCAUCGUGCUCGCGCUGGCCAAGCACCCGCUCGUGGACAAGUACGACCUGUCGAGCGUCAAGUGGCUCAACUCUGGCGCGGCCCCGCUCGGCAAGGAGCUCGUGGAGAUGGUCUGGCAGCGGCUCAAGAUCCCCGUGAUGCAAGGGUACGGCUUGUCGGAGACGAGCCCGACCUUGACGAAGGGCGCCGUGGCAGACUGGGCAAAGUACAACGGCUCGUGCGGCAAGCUCCUGCCCAACAUCCUCGCCAAGAUUGUGGACAUGGACGGCAACGAGCUUGCCCAGGGCGAGGAGGGCGAGCUGUGGGUUAAGGGACCCAAUGUGUUUCCGGGUUACCUGAACAGACCCGAGCUCGCCGCCGACACGUUUAGCAAGGACGGGUACUUCCGCACGGGCGACAUUGGGUACUACGACAAGAAGGGCAAUUUUUACAUUACGGACCGGCUCAAGGAGCUGAUCAAGUACAAGGGCUUCCAAGUACCUCCCGCCGAGCUCGAGGCCAAGCUCCUGGGCAACCCGCAGAUUGACGACGCCUGCGUGAUCCCGGCGCACGACCGGGAGCGCGAGACCGAGGUCCCCCGCGCGUACGUCGUGCUCAAGCCGGGCACUGAGAAAUCCGACGCCAAGGCCCGGGAGAUCCAGGAGUGGCUCGACGCCCAGGUCGCCGAGCACAAGAAGCUGCGCGGCGGGGUGCGCUUCGUCGACGAGAUCCCCAAGAACGCGAGCGGCAAGCUGCUGCGGAGGGUGGUCCGGGAGAUGGCGCGCAAGGAGGAUCGCGUGGAGCAAGGGGCGAAGCUGUAG